AUGCCAGCAGUCAACAAAUCCAAGUCCACAAGCAACAGGAAACCCAUACCCUCCCCCGACCUCAUCGAUCCUGAAGACAUACCACAGGAAGAAGAAGAAGCGAAGGUAGGAAGGAAGAAGGCAAAGCAUGCUGCCGCGAAACAGUCGUCCUGCCUCGACAAUGCCGAAGAAUCCCCAUCUUCAGAGCAGAUGGGUCAACAAUCACGCCAGCCCGCGAAGCCGCAGUCAAUACUCGGCCAGCUGAAGUCGAGCUUCCCUCAGAGUGACCAUAGGAAUGAUAGUUCCGAUGCCGUGAAUGAGGUGGACUCGACACGGAAGGUCUUCGAUGAGCAUACACCACCCACCCAUGUCUGGGCACGAGGUACAGGGUAUGGAAGGUCCCCGCCUGUUGAACCGAUCCCUGGCUUCAGCUCGGGAACCCCUCCUUAUGAGCCUGGCUUCAGCACUCGAGGCAGCUUCGCCAGAAGCCCUCCGCUCUCUCCGCCGUCAAGGAAAGCAAGGCCUGUAAGUUAUGGAGGCGGCGUCCCUCCUCUGCCACCUCAUCAUAGGAUGUCGACUUCGCCCUACAGCUACGCGGUGAAUGCUUACGGCUCGCCGCCUAUCCCGCCCCAUCUACCCCAACAACAUUUCUACGGCCCUCAUGAUGUCGACCUAGGCCUUGCAAAUGCCACAGCGCAAAUGAACGUCAAAGACCCCGUUGCCCUCAAAUUCUCCCGUCACCCCACAUCCGGGAACGAGGCUCGUGAGGCCGUGUUCAUGGUAGGAGACGAAGAGUUGAAUGUUCUCACCUACAAUGGCGAGAAAUUGGAACAUUCUGGAUUCCUGGGAGGUGUCCGGGGUGAAAUCCUCGACGUAUGCCUUCUGACCUGGAAUACUGGCGACGAUCCUUUUGUGGACUAUCGGCCGUUAGUGGCAAUCACUGUCCAUGGGCCAAACAAUGUGGAGCGUGAAAAUGGGGAUGGUCCCCUGCCGGAUGCGGCGGGUGUGUACCUGGAGACAAAAGUAGCCGUAUAUUCCAUGGGCAAGGGAUGUCAUGUGGCUGAUUUACUGUGUGUCCCAUCUCCGAUGAGGAUGUUCCAUGGAGGCGGAUUACCCCCGGGUUCAGCCGCAAAUUUGAAGACACAUGCAAGUGGAAAUGCUGUCGUUGUGUCUUCUGGUGAUAGUGGCGAAGUAUUCGUCUUCUCUGCGCGAAAGAAUCACGCCUCUGCUGCGUUUGAAUGCCUAGGCAAGUUCUGGACAUCUAUCCAACCACAAAUUCAGAGAAGAGAUUCGUCGCAGCCGACCUCGGACGCUGAGAUAUCACCUGCAGACCUUGGACGCGGAGUCGAUGCCGACGGUUCGGCUAUUAUCAGUCUCAGUGGCCGAUGGCUCGCAAUUUGUCCCGCGGGCACUCCUUCUCGCCGAUCAAUCGGUGCUCUUAUCGGCGAAUCUGUCAUCCAUAGCAAACACGCACAUAUCAGUACUGGGACAGCCCCCUCGAGACCUCCAGUGACAUGUGAGGUAGAAUCGCCUGACGUUGAUACCUUUUUCGGCAAGGUUGCUAAAGGCAUAGCGCAGGAAGCCGUGAGAAGUGCCAAAUGGAUCGGCGAGAAAGGUGUGCAGACGUGGCAGAACUACUGGAAGAAAGACUCCACUGCCGACAGCCUGCCCACAGGAACAUCCUCAAGCCCACCGGUGUACUCGCCUCAAUUCGGCAUGGCGCAGUUCCCGCCCACGCACGCAAUGGAAAAUCCAAAUGUUCCAAAGGACCCCGACGUUGUCUCGAUUUUAGACUUGAAGUCUCUGCAAGACACUCAGGGGAGGCGAGGUGUCGACCUCAACCCUAUCGCGACCUUUCAACCGCCCCGAGGUUGCAGCUUCCUGUCCUUUACGCCCAGUGGGCUUGGUCUUCUCACUGCAAAUCGCAAGGGUGAUGUACAGUACGUCUGGGAUUUGCAACAGAUGAGACAUGUAAGGGUUCAACAGACAACGUCGCCACCUAACAGUGGUUAUGUACGACAGGUUGCCCGUUAUGAGCGGCUGAGUCCUUCCACCAUUGUCGAUCUUGCUUGGGAUGGCCCGACAGGGUAUAGGUUUGCGUUACUUACAAAGAACCGAACAGUUCACAUUUUUGAUCUACCCAAGAUUGCUUUCCAAUGGCCUCCGCCACCUACCAAGCGAAACCGACCGUCAUCUGCGCCGGUCGAACCUCCGCAAGCAAAGCCAGAGCAAGAACCUGCUCCGACAGGGGGUUUCUUUGCCUCAGCGAUGAGCAUCGCUGGAAGGACACAGCCAAUGCUGGCAAAUCUACGAGGUCGAGCUCCCAGCAUCAACAGCAGCGGGAUCACUGGGUUUACUGCCUCAGGUAUUGGACUGUCCACCACUGGCUUGAAAUCAGGCAGAGCUGUAGCCGCAGGCCUUAGUAAGUCUCUUGGAGCUGCAAGCGAAACCGUCACGAAUAUUCGUCACGCGAACCAGAGCAGGCUCUAUCUGAAGAUCCCAGCUCGACCAGGCAUGCUUUGUUGGCAAAGACGUGAAGGAAGAUCCGUGUUGUCAAUCUUGGAUCUACACACCCUCAAGGACUAUUACGUCCGAAUGACGAAGCCGAGAGAGGAUCGUCAUCGGCAAACAGUCUCAGUCUUUGAUGCCCGAAAACCUGUUGUGACCAAAUUCCCAAAAGGGCUCGAAAUGACCACGGAUCCCUUGUAUAGAGGACAUCACGCUCGCAAUGAUGACAAAAGUGGAAGCCCGCUUCCUGCAGUAGCUGGAUUCUGGAGGUCCAGAGCAAGUAAAGCCGACGGACUGAAAAUGUCGCACCCCUUGGCGUCCGCUGAAAUUGAGACAAAUGCGCCAUAUCAGCCAUUCCACUGCGAUCAUCGGGUCACCAUUUCGUUGCUCGAAGACCGCUCGUCGAAACGGCUCCCUUCGAGCAUGACUGGACAACAGUCAACGUUUUCGCAACGGCAUACGCCCGAUAUGGCGGAGAAAUGGGUCUUUGGUGAAGACAUCCGCUCUCAACAGGUACCUCCCAUUUCGGUUGAGCAGGCGGUGAACGAGGAUGAUACUUUGAUUUACCGAGAAACCAAGAUUACUUCAGGAUUUCCCAUCUCAGGCAGCACGCCAGUUGAGACCCUGACGGAAGGGGUUAAUCACGCUGUUAGCAACACUAAGAAGCGGAAGAGCAAGAAGAACAAGACCCCUGCUUUGGUUCACGACGAGGACACGUUUAUCGAAGCUGAUGCGGACUUUGUGAAAAGUCACGAUGAAAUCGAGCAAGAUCUGAACUCGCGAAAAGGUCAAGUGUUUGAUUUAUUGGAGGAUGAAGACAUGACCCGGUGA